AGCAAUUUAGCAAUUUUUUUUGUUUAGUCCGCUCUACCUUGUGCUGCACUUGGUCUCGGAUUAGAAUUACCAUUACUUACACAUAGAUUGUGAACAUGUCGGUCACGCUUCGUUCUUGACGCGCUCCUGCUGCACAAUACAUAGAGUAGCACUUUCGAAGAUUGGACCAAUGAAGUGCUCUGAGGCGGUGGGGUUGCAGGGCCUCUGCAGCUGGCCCAAAAAGACGUUCUGGCAAGUAGAAGCGGUGCCGAUGGUGCCCCCAUCGCCGGGUCCGCAGACGGUCUUCCCACGGUAUCCGAGGUCGAAAGCCGCACGGCUGGCUCACCUUCGCAACCAAUCCUUGUGGGACAGUGGCCGCCAGAUUGUGGGCCUUGCGGGUGAAGAAAACCUUGUGGAUGUUUCCGCCCCCGGGGCCCCUGCGACGUCGCGUGCAAAUAAAGACGCGGGACGCGGACCGCAAGGCGAGCACGAUCGCCGCUCCCCCGCGCGCCCGAUUUUGGAGUUACUGAAGUUGCUGUACGGCAAGUAUUUUGUCAAGAACCCAACGGCCAACCUGGGAAAUAAACUGGAGAAGCAGGAUGCGGCAAGUGUCUCUUCCUUUGUGGACAUCAAGGAUUUGUACGAACUUCCGCGCGUGUCCCGGUUGACGAUGAACCGAAUCCCGAUCGGGCUGGACGCCACGCAAAUCGAGGAGCCGAACAUCUACACCAUCCAGGAGUGCGACCCGCGCGGGCGGAUCCCCACCGCGGUGCAGGGGAAGUGGUGCAUCGCAGACAUGGUGGACCAGACGGACGUGAACGGUCCGGAGGGCGAUCCCAGCGUGAGCGCCUCCCUGAUGAUGCGACUCAGCAACGAUGUGGGCGAGCGGCGGUUCGCGGCCGCGGACAAGGAGUACCCGCUGAACAACAUCUGCCUACCGAAGCUGCCCAGCGACUUCUGCCACUUCUCCAAGCACCGCGACUACCUCCCCGGCCAGUGGCGGCACGCCUUCGCGAAGAUGCCCAAGCUGUGGUGGGAUAUCCCGCUGCCGUACCCGAAAUUUUUCACGUCGCCGCAGGACGCGCCCAGCACCACGCCCUUUGGCCACGGCCAGAUGCUGCACGACAAGGCCCGACUGCUGGCGGGGUCGGUGGACCCGAUCUUCCCGAUGCACAAGCGGACGGAGGAGAACUCCCUGGUGCGGCCGGUCGAGCACACGCUCCACGAGCUCAAGCUUGGGCUGCGGCACAAGGACGGCACCGACGAUGUGGAGUCCGUCGACAUGCGGUACCACACCCGCGCACCCCACCUAUUUAUUGCGAACAUGUCGGGGUCGGAAAGAGUGCAGCUGUUUGUCAUGAUGCAUCGUUUGAAUCAUGCAGUAGCAGUAGAGUAGGUCGAAGCACAUGGUCUGGACUGCACGUAGGAGCGUUACCGGUAUCGCGAAUGCUUCUCCAUGCCUGCUAUGUCGCAUAUGGAAUUUCGCUCUUUUCAUGGCGAAAAGUAAGCAAAUCGCAGAGCUCAUGCAAGAACACAAUUUUUUUUUUUGUUGAACCUGACCACGCAGUAGAAAUUCGUUUCUCUCGUCUCUUCCCUUACCGCGCCAGUAUUUGCAACGCAUAGCCCCUUCGGAUCAACAAGAUGCAGUCCAGAGUCGGCGGCGCGGGGUCGGACGCCGCGCCCCCCGACGCGCUGCUGAAGUUCUGGGUGGCCAACCCCGAUAGCAUGUACGUUUCGGAUAUCAAAUGUAAAAAUGUCUGGGUCUGGAAACUUGUGAUGCUGGGUGGCGUCUCAUGAUGAGACCACAAAUGCUGGCUCAGCAUGACAAUUUUCUGAGUUUCUAGGUGUUGCCUAUUCUGCAUGACAAACUGCGUUUCUGCAUCACAGAGAAAUGGAGCUCUUGGGUAACGUGCAUGACAGAUUUAAGAGUCAUGCCAGACAAGCAUGACAAACAUGCAUUCUUCCAGACCCAGACAUUUUUGCACUUGAUAUCGGACGGCAUCGUGCGGAACUACGCCCUCAAGUUCGCGAAGACGUUGGACCACUCGAACAUUUUGUCCAAGAUGCGCAGUCCCACGUACGCGCGGGUCGCCACGGGCGCCACGAAGGUGUGGACCCCGCCCAACCUGGUGUUGGACGAGGGGGAGGACUGCUGCGCGGACGGGUGCGCGGAGCACGUGGGGAAACCCUUCUGCGUGACCGAGGCGGAGAUCCGGCGGUACUUCGACCAGGUGGACCACAUUCCGCCCCCCGACCUGAUCAACUGCGCAGCCAGCGACUCCCAGAUCUGCGACAGUCUGCACGGGGACGCGCGGGACACCGACGACCACUGGGGCCUGGGCUGGCUGGACGCCAUGCGGCGCUGGAACCAGCCGUUCGGCCCCAUGCCCCCGCGCGAGCAGCUCCAGCAGGAGAAAAUGUCCGUGCAGUUGCAAACGCCGGGCGACAUAGACAUCCAGGCGCUGAAGCGGAAGGAAUUUUCCACGCUGCUGCGCCCGCCGAAGAAGCCGGAGCCGCCGCCCGACUACGUACCGCCCGACUACGACGCGACGGCAAACACCAGCAGUUACGCCGUUUUCUCGGUCACGGGGCAGCCCAUUCCUUUCGACCAGCCCGCGGGCUAUCGGGUCCAGCCAAUGGCGGAGGACCUGACCUACAGCGUGCAGCGGAACCGGGACAAUCACGGCUGGAAGUUUGAAUUGUGAAGAUGUUGACCAGUGCCGCUUCGCUGUUCGAAGAUGGCAUUCAUGGGUGUGAGGACCUGUUCGACUUUUUGUUUUUGCUUCGGCCCGUUUGAACAGACCAAAUGCGACCUUCGCAGGCAUGAGCUGUGUGUUACUAUUUCAAAAUGUAUGAAAUACAGCCAAAGCUGAUGAGGCAGCGGUACUUAUUGGUAUUUUCAUGUUUUCGAGUCUUUUUUUUGGAGCGUUGGAAAGAGGCUAAAUACUUAGUUAGUUACUCCUGGCAGGUUUGUUGUAUUUGUCACUUUCUUGAAUUUAGCGUGGGAGUACAAUAGCUUUUUCCUGUUUUGAAUGAACAUCCUAGGAAAGGCGGGUCACCGGAUGUUGCAGCAGACGUUGCACACCUAAUCCUCGUCCCGUCGCUGGCUCUUUUUGACAGGUUCGCUGCUUUCCGUUUCUUUUAGCAGAACUAAUGACUCUUCAUUUCAGAACAAACCAAAAAUUGACGGCCUUCAGGCCUCGGCACAACGUAUGAGGAAGAAGAAGCAACUUCGAUCUAUUUUGUCUUCAACGAUGAAAUUUACCUUCCGGUCACGUCUUCUUUCCUGUGAUUUCUGUUCUCAAAUUUCAAGCUAGUGUGAGUGCGGUGGAGGAAUAAGUAGAGCCUUGCCGCAAGGGCCAGCUGAAAGAAAC